GAUGUGAUUAUGAGCACAGUUCAAUAGAGAUAAAGAGACGACUUUUUGAGAAAUCUUUAUACUUCGCAGUGGCGGUAUUUGUCAAUGCAGUAAUUGCUUAUUAAAGGAUGGGAUAUUAUGGUACAUUCAAUUUGUCAUGAGUGUUCUGUAGCUAGAGUACCACGCGCAGUUUACGUGGACAGUAAAAAAAAGCUAUGGACAGUAAGAAAAAAUAUCCAUCUGAACUAAAGAAGCACAUGAUGUACUGGCAGCUCAAACAGUACGUUGCUAUCUGUAUUUCUAGGUAUCAUGUAGUAGAGUUUAUAGAAGAAGGAAGUACCUAUGUCGUGCCACAUGCCUGGGUGUCGCGACGAGGAGAGACAACAUGGUGCUACUGGCCGCCUAAAGCGUCCAAAUACGAGACGACGAAGAUGAUACAAAAAAGUGUUCCGGCUGAAGCCUCUUGGGAGCAAUACAGAGCACGCAUUCUGUGCACGAAAAGAUCGUUAAAAAGGGCAAAUGAAGCGCUACCAUACGCGGAAGUGACUUCGCACCUGGAAUCUGACUCGGAACAAGAAAAACACACUCGGCACGAAAGAAAGAGAAUCGCUUUCAGCGAUGACAGCGAGUCGGAAAGAGAGGUCUCUCCUGUUCGAGAUGUCAAUGACCAGCAUGCACAGGGAGAUAACUUGUCAUCGCCAAGUACGCAGCGUUCACAGUCGUCACAACAGGCGCUGGAAGAUGCUGGCUUACCUAGUGGAGGACCACGCCGACUUCAUCAAGCACGGCCGCCCGCUAUGCAAAUGCAGCAGAGAGGAUCAGCACAAGACACUACCGCACUGGAAGAACAAUUCAGCCUUUUCUCCGUACGAUUUUCUGUAUUCGAGAAGAAGGUAUUUGAUAAUCAGAUGCGCCUUCUUAACGAGCUUUCCAACGUGAAGCAGCUGCUUGCUGCUUCAACUUCAAAGAAGUUCGUCGCGGCGCUACCUGGUGACUGCCCUGACCUGCCAGCAAAAGACUUCCAAGAAGUGUUGAGUUUGGAGAAGUACCUGGCUACAGAUAGCCAUAUGGAGCAGAUGGUGGAGUAUUACUCGAGAUAUGGCGGCACAGAUCCAGGCCAUGCUGUUCGUACCCUCCUGCAGAACCUCCUAUCAAAGGAAGCUGCCCUUAAGUUCAGCUGGAAGGGGUCGCAGGGAAGGAAACACGCCUUCUGCGAACUCACGGCCAUCGUGAACUUCAUGCUGGCAUCGGUGAGGAGCAGCUUCCCAUCUGCUUCACUUCAAGCAGUGAGCGGAACAACAAAACGCUGGCUAGUCGGGGCGGUUGACAGAGCCGGUGGCCGAAACGAGAGGCGACACCGGGGACCCGUUUAAGACCCAAGUAAACGCCGCGUGCUACUCCCAAGACUCUGCAACAGUGCAGGC